AUGCAUACAAGACUUGUCCUUGACCGGCAAAAAAGUGCUAUUGAGGCAAGCAUGGUUGAUUUCAAUGUGCUUAUCAAAGAUGGCAUUGUAACGGACACAGCGCGCAUUCGAAGGAUACUACCGACCAUCGACUAUAUAUUUCAGCAGAAAGCGCAUGCCGUCAUUAUCAUCUCACAUCUCAAGCGACUUUACGGCAAAGUCGAGUCAAAAUACUCGUUAGCACCGGUUGCUGCUGAACUGCAGACGCUAAUUCCAAAUCGUAGAGUACGCUUCCUCAACGACUGUGUAGGUCCAGAUAUUGAAGAAGCCUGUCGAUCCUGCGAUGAAGGCGAUGUCAUUCUCUUGGAGAAUUUGCGAUUUCAUUCAGAGGAAGAGGGUCUUCUGCCUAAAGAUGAACAGGGUCAGCGCAAGAGCACAAGCAAGAACGCCAGCAAGAAAUUUCGAGCAAGUGUCAAUUUACCCUAUAAGGCAGCAGGAUUGCUGCUACAACAAGAACUCGAGGUAUUUGCCAAGCUUUUGGAUCAGAAUUGCAGCAACAGCAGCAACAAGUCCUUUUUAGCCAUCUUGGGUGGCGCAAAGCUCUUGACAAAGUACAAGCUGAUAUUGCAUUUACUGAGCAAGGUAAACACAAUGAUCAUCUGCGGUGCUUUGUCAUGGCCUUCCUUGAACAUAGGGGACGAAAAAGAGCAAGAUGUGAUUGCUUUGGCCACUGUUGAUGCACAGCAGCAAGGAGAUCAAGAUCCACUGGAUGGGAUGCUGGGUUUGGACUGUGGACCAGCAUCAUCAGCAUUGUCUGAGCAAAAGAUCAUGGAGCAUCAAACUAUCCUUUGGAAUGGUACUCCAGGUGUAUAUGAAUACCAAGAAAACUUCUCGACUGGUACAAAACAUCUAUUAGAGGCUAUUGGCAAAGCUACUACAGAAAAUGGCGCAAUGAGUGUGGUGUGCGGCAAAGAUACCACCGCUUUGGUUGCAAAAUGGUCUUAUCAAGGUAAAUUAUCGCAUGUUUCUACUGAAGGAAACGCUUUUCUGGAAUCGCUGGAAGGCAAAUCGCUUCCUGGACUAGCAGCACUAUCACCAAGGCAAUGA